CAAUGAAUUUUUUAUCACGCAAUCCAAAGAAAUUAUGAAUGCUUUUUUUGUAUUAAUUUAUACUACUGAGCAAUGACAUGUUAUCUCUGUGUACGCACGACAUAUCAAUAAAUCAAAACGUAAGUAUAAAAAUAAAAAAAUUAAGUGGAAAAUUGCAUAAAUUUAUUAAAUCACGUGUAUCUUUUAACAGUGACAUUAAAAAUAUGAACAAACUCCUAAAAUCUACGAGGCUAUUGAAUGUAGGUAGAACUAGAGUAAGCAGCUAUAACGUAAACGAAACCAAAAAAGAAAAUGGAAAAAGAAAACCUUACAAAUCUGCUGAAAUUUACCCAGUGUUGAUGGUGUACAAAACUGACGAUUUUAUUGAAGAAGACGUGUUUCAACCAACAAUAAAUAUAAGCAACAUAGACUUGAUUGACGAUGAUAUUUUGGAGUAUAUUUUAUCGUUUUUGACAGUGGUGGACCUGGUUAGAGCGUCAGGGGUUUCUAAAAGGUUUAAUAGAAUAAUAUGGGGUGCUGAUAUGUGGAAAAAAUCCCUAAUUUUUGACCAACCAGUUGAUGUAGAUGAUGCAAUUGAAACCAUCACGUCAAAAUUAUGGUUGAACGCCUAUCCAAAAUGGGUGAAAAUAACUUACUUAUCGGUAACAAAUGCCCAAAUGACGGAUAAAGCUCUAAACAUCCUCGCCAGGCAUCUCCCAUCUCUAUUAUAUCUGAAAAUUCACAACUGCGAUGGGGUAACCACUGAUGGUUUGUGCCAGUUUACCUCAACAUGUGAAAAAUUGUCGAGGAUUGACAUUUCUGGAUGUGUUAAUGUACAAGGUGUUAGUUUUAAUGCAGCCAGGCCCAUUUAUGCCAACUUCACAGGGUGUUCCAGAUUAAGAGAUUAUGGGUUUUUUGACACCACAAAUUGUUACGAUUUGGUCAUACUGUAUUUAAAUGGGUGUUCGGAAAUCACAGAUUGGGGUAUUGGUUGCCUAUCCAACCACGCUAAAAAGUUAAGAAAACUUGUACUGGCGGAUUGCAUCAGGCUGACCAACUCAUCUUUGGAACACUUAAGAAAUUUAAAGGACUGUUUGGAAUAUCUAUCAAUAUCGAAUACUCUGGCCAUUACAGACGCUGGAGCCUACUAUUUCAGACUCGAUUGGCCGAAACUUCAACACUUGGACAUAAGCGGAUGUCUCAGUAUCGUUCAUGGUGGGUUUUAUGAUAUUGGGGUUGGUUGUAAAAAAUUGCGGAGCCUUAACAUCGCCAACACGAAUGUUUGCGAUAAGGCUCUCAAAGAUUUGGGGUUAAAUUUGGUGAACUUGAAAAACAUCAAUUUGAAGAAUUGUUAUUUUAUUACUUUUAAAGGUUUUUAUAGUUUUUUAAUGGAACGGAAAACAAGUUUAAAGAAAAUUAAUAUUAAGGGGUGCAAUAUUAGAUCUAAAGUUGGUCAUGUUUUUUCACAAAAUUAUUUUAUUGAGUAUGAUGAAACUCCAUUUUAAGCGUAUGUCGAGCAAAUAUUUAUUUC